ACCUGGGGAUUCUGAGGGGCGUGGCCUCAGGCCAACAGAGGGAGGAGCCCUAGUCCUGGCCAAUCAUCAUAGGGGAGCCCCCCCCCAAUCACACAUAAAAUAGGCCUCAGCCCCUCCUUCUCCCCUUGUUUGCUCCUGGGAGGCUCCAGGCAGUGUCGCUGCUCAGAAGGGGCGUCACAUGAGGCGUCUGAGGGAGGGGUGCCAGGACCUGGGAAGUGAAGAUUUCAGUCUGCAAUAUAAGGAUCUUAGGCAUAGGCCUACCAGAAAGACAGCAAACCUGUGAGGCUCUCUGACAUCACUAAAGAAAUCUGCUUGUGGGAUCCCAUCACAACACUCCUGCUCUCACUCCAACCUACUGCUUCCAGCAGGAGGAAUCAUCAUGCCUCCCUCUCCUAAGCGUCCACGCCUCACCUCUGAGCAAGACUUCCAAGACCUGAAUGAAGCAGAAGAGUUGAUUGUGCAGGCUCCUGCAGCUGAGCAAGAGGAUACCUCAUCCAUUUCAUCUUCUUUUCACUUUUCCUUCCCCUCCACCUCCUCUUCCUCCUCUCCCUCCUCUCUCUCUUGUUCCUUUUCUAUGAUCCCAGGCACCAUGGAAGAAAAGGAGGUGUCUACUGAUGCAAUUUUGAGUACUCCCCAGAGUCCUCAGAGUUCCUCUUCUUCCUCCACUUCAUACACCAAGGUAGAAGUAGAAUCCAGCAGCCAAGAAGUUGAGGGUAGUGAAUCUCCCCUUAGAGAUGUGCUAGACAAGAAAGUGGGUGAGUUAGUACAGUUUGUCCUCUUCAAGUAUAAAUCCAAGGAGCUCACCACAAAGGCAGAAAUACUAAAAAUUAUCAUCAAGGAAUAUAAAGACCACUUUCCUAUGAUUUUAAGGAAAGUUUGUAAGUUCAUGGAGCUAGUCUUUGGCAUUGCUGUGACAGAAGUGGACCCUAACAACCACAUUUAUAUCAUAUAUGACACACUAGACCUCACCUAUCAUGGAAUGCUGAAUGAUGACCAGGGCAUGCCUAAGACUGGUCUCCUGAUACUUAUCCUGAGUACGAUCUUUAUGGAGGGCAGCUGCACCACUGAGGAGAAAAUCUGGGAGGUACUGAAGGCAAUUGAGGUGUAUGCUGGAAAGGAGCAUUUCAUCUAUGGGGACACUAGAAAGCUCAUUACCAAAGAGUGGGUGCAAAAAAAAUAUUUGGAAUACCAUCAGGUGCCCAAUAGUGAUCCUGUAUGCUAUGAGUUCAAGUGGGGUUCAAGAGCCCAUACUGAAACCAAUAAGAAAAAAAUUCUGGAGUUUUUGACCAAGCUAAAAGAUACCAUCCCUGGUUCCUUUCCAACCUGGUACAAAGAGGCUCUGAGAGUUGUGGGAGAGCCUAGGCAGUAACUGAUGGUGCAGGUGAUGCUGCGGCUAUGACAGUGCAAGCUGUAGUAUCAUGUGCAACAACUUCUCCUGCCUGAAUGAAAUCUGAGGCAGAUUUUUCAGACUUAAGGACAGUAAAGGUUCUGAGUUCCGAAGGGCCGUGGUGGAGCUGGAGGGAAGGCAGUGUUCUUUGUGUUCUUGGUUUAUAUGUGUGAUGUCAAGGUUUAUCUUUUUGGGAGAGUGUAUUUUUCAAAUAAUUUUCCUUUAAUAGCAUAUUUAAUUAGCUUUUGAAUCUUAGUUUAGGGGUAUUAUUCAUGAAUUUAUUAUUUUUUUCUUGCUCAAAAGUAAUAAUUUGGUGUAUUAGAAAAACAAAUUGAGAAAUCUUUCAUCUUAUUUGUGUGACCUGGAAUAGGAUAAUAUGGCACUGGAACAGGAAUUUUCUUAAAAAUGUAAGUGACCUUAUCAAUAAUACUGGAAAUAUGUAAAACAUAGUGUUUGCAUUCUCUAUCCCUUUUAGUUCAUUGUUCUGUUAAAUUAAAGAUAUAUACCUGGAUAU